CUGUAGACCAUGUUGAUUUCUCCGGGAGGCGCUUGAUUGAUCAGUUGACUCUGCUGUAGGGACUUCUGCGCAUCCAUGUGGUACUUGGAGGAUCUGGACGGAGAUACGCAUCCACGCAUGUACUGUACAUCGAAGAGGGGAGGGAGGGGGAAAACCAAAGCCUGGGGAAAUGCAUUGACUUCUUGAGAUCUGUCAACUAAUAUGAUUCGAUGUAUCGGGGCAUUCCCUGGAUCUACUACUGUCACAGAAAUGAUAUCCUGAGACGCGGAGGCAUCAUGCUAUGCCAUUGAUGAUGGAUUGUUUCGUGGAGGUCGAGAUGGAGACGAAGACGACGACGACGACGACUGUCAACGCGUCGAGGAAUGAACGUCCGCCGUUUCCGUAUCACAAGUUCGCAAGGGUCCGAAAUCCGAGAUUGAAAAUUACCCGCCACCGGCCGGGUGGAGCAGUGAAGAUCCGCCCAUCGACAUUACAAAUCUCGUCCAGAGGCAGGAACAGCUAUGAUUCUUGAAGCGCAAAGAAAGAGCGUAAGAGGUGGCAGGAAAGGAGGGUGUGUGUGUAAACAAAGCAGGAUACUGUAAAGAAAAGAGAAAGAACAAAAAAGAAAGAAUACAAAAGACUGAAAUGGAAAGGAA